UUUCUGGUGUGUUCACUUUUUAGGAUGCCUGAGCCCGCCAAGUCCGCGCCUGCCCCAAAGAAGGGCUCCAAGAAGGCGGUGACCAAGGCGCAGAAGAAGGACGGCAAGAAGCGCAAGCGCAGCCGCAAGGAGAGCUACUCGGUGUACGUGUACAAGGUGCUGAAGCAGGUGCACCCGGACACGGGCAUCUCGUCCAAGGCCAUGGGCAUCAUGAACUCGUUCGUCAACGACAUCUUCGAGCGCAUCGCGGGCGAGGCGUCGCGCCUGGCGCACUACAACAAGCGCUCGACCAUCACGUCGCGGGAGAUCCAGACGGCCGUGCGCCUGCUGCUGCCCGGCGAGCUGGCCAAGCACGCCGUGUCCGAGGGCACCAAGGCCGUCACCAAGUACACCAGCUCCAAGUAGACUCGCAAGAAGAACAAACAAACUUUGGGCAUGUCUCUUCCCAACACUGAUCACUGCUGGACACUGUGGCGACUCAGAACCCAAGAAAAUAAGAGAUACUAGAAGAUAAAGACAUUUUUUACAAUUGUGGGAGGAUCACUAAGAACCGGGCUAAGACAUCUUUUUUUUUUUUUUUCUUGAAUAUAAAAAUAUUAAAUGUUCACUGUUGAAAUUUAUGAAAUGAGAAAUAUAUACAGCAAAUGUAGGUAUCAUGCCACAUAUACGUACAGAUAAUUUUCUAGGCCACAUGCUUAGAGACACAAUCUUUAUAGAUGUACAGCUCCUUGUGUAAUUAGUCCUCUGUUAUUGGCUGUUUAGAUUACGUUUCACCUUUAUGCAUUAUAGAUCCUAC